AUGGCCGCCUGCUACAAUGCCUACAGCGUGGGAUCGCAAUCCUUCGAGUUUGACGAGGACGAUGAUGAUGCCUCCUUCGACAGUGGCUACGAGAAGAGCUUCGAAACGGAGGCCCAGAUGAGUUCCCGCCGGCGCUUGGACUUCGAUGAGGCAGCACUCAAUCCGUUGGCGCCGCAGAUGCCGUAUCCUGGAGCCUGGGAUGGCGCGCCACUCAACUCACCGCCGGCGGCGACUGCCGGAUUCGUGGGCCUGCUGGAUACGAGCAGCAACCAUAGCACUCGGAGCGGCAGGACGCUGGUGGAGCAUCUGAACAGUCGCGCCACGAACGGAGGCUUCGAGCCCCCGCUGACCAGCACGCCGAUGAAGUCGCCCGAAGAUCCGGAUGCGCCGCGCCAGAAGCGCAAGUAUGCCGUCGGCAAGAACCGGGUGACGCGUUCGCGCAGCCCCACCCAGGUUGUGCGGAUCAAGCGCUUCCGCCGGAUGAAAGCCAAUGAUAGGGAGCGAAAUCGGAUGCACACGCUGAACGAUGCCCUGGAGCGGCUGAGGGUGACGCUGCCAUCGCUGCCGGAGGAGACGAAGCUGACCAAGAUCGAGAUCCUGCGCUUCGCCCACAACUACAUCUUUGCGCUGGAGCAGGUGCUCGAGAGCGGCGGCACGAUCAACCUUGACCUGGAGAAGCUGCAGAACUUCACCCUGAGUGGCGAGCGGAUCACUAAGGAGCUGUUCGACGCCCUCUUCGUGAAUCCGCAACCUUUUCCCAUGUUUGGUUGCGGCAGGAUGUUCCCCUAUGGUCAGGGAGCUACGCCGCUGGUUCAGAAUCCGCAUCCUCCGGAACACCAGCCGCCAAUGGGGGGCGGGGCUUACCAGCAGGGAAUGGACUACCCGCAGCAUCCACCAGGCUUCGACUUUACCGGCAGCAUGCGCUUCUAUCACCAUCACCAGCAGCACCAGCAGCCGGAGUCUGUCCAGCACAUACCUAAGCAGGAUUCCAGCCCUCCGCAGCAAUUCUCGCAGGAGAAGUACGAUAUAUUCCGGGGAAGCUUCGAGGCAGCUGCCAAUAUCCAGUCGGCGAGCUCGGAGAUUCACCAGCAGAGCAGCUUCUACACACAGACGCCGCCGUGGAAGGAGUACCCGGAAGAUCAGGGAGCCCUUGGGCACGACCAUGCCCAUACGAUUCCACAUCCCCACAGCUACAAGCAGUUUGCCCCGCAGGUGUAG